GGGACGUCCUGGACCCUCCCUGCCUGCAGCCUGGGGUGGCCCGGGCUGCACAGGGUCCACAUUGUGCGGGACCUGUGUCCUUGGUGCUGCCCCGCCCACUGGAGCCCUGCACCUGCCCAGCGGUGGGCCCUCGGGGGCAUGCGGCCACAUCCUGAGCCCGCAGCCACCUGGGCACAGGGCUCCUGCUGCGCCUCUAGGCGCUGUGGGAUCCUGGCACCAGGCUGGACGCUCCCUAAGUGCUGCCCAAAGCUGCCCUUUCCUGAGAGUCGGGGGCCUGGAGGUUGGUGCCCUCCCCUCGCCUAACCCCUCACAGCUAUCCCCUGGGGCCUGGGCAGGAGAACUGACUGCUCCCAUGACGACUGUGGGCGGUGCCCCCUCGGGCCUGAGCCCAGGAGGCGGCUGUGAGCUGCCAACCUGCUUAAUGAGGCCAGCCUGUGCUGGCCCCGGCGCCCACGGGGCAGGGUAUAAGCUGGGGCUGGCUCCGAGGGCCAUGUCCUGUGACUCUGGGAGCUGGCCCAGCCCCUGCCUGCCAACAUGAGGGGCAAGGCGCUUGCCGGCCUGCUGGGGCUGCUUGUGGUGCUGGUGGCCAGCGCGGAGGAGAUGGGCCUGAGGGACUUCAACGCCACCCAGUUUUCAGGCCUCUGGUACGAGAUCGCCUUGGCUUCCAACCUGGAGCCACAGACCGCCCCCCAGCUGAAGAAGAUGGGGGCUGUGCUGGUGGAGCGGGAGGGGCCUUAUCUGACCCUGACCUCCGUGUCCGACCACAUUAACCGCUGUGUGAAGGAGACGACACAGGCCGUAAAGGGCGACGCCCCUGGGAAGUUCAAGUUUCCUAAGGAGCCUGGAAACAAAGACGUCACCGUGGUGGCCACGGACUACAGGACCUACGCCAUCGUGAACGUCGCCUUCCAAAAAGGAAGGACAGCCCACAGGGUCCUGAAGCUCUACAGUGAGCCCCUGGGGGCCCUGCCCUCGCCCCGCCCUGCCUGGCCCUGCGGGGGGCACCCCCAGCCCGGGGAGGGGGCGGGAGCCGCGUCUGUGGCCCUGGCCUCGCACAGGCACCCGCAGCCAAAGGCACCCCUCCCGGGCAGGCCGGGACAUGCAACACAACGAGAGAGCCAUGGCCCACUUCCUCCUGGAGGCCUCGGAGCGCGGGCUGUCCACGGCCAGCGUGCAGCUGCUCCUCAAGGACUUGACCUGCGUGAACUUGCUGAGGUGAGUGUCUGCUCCCAUCCCGGGGCCGAGGCUCCAUUCACUGGCCUGCCCAUCACACCUGGAAGAGGAGUCUGGGCUCCGAGGGCAGACAGCGGCUGAGCCCUGAGCGGCUGCCUGGGGGUCGAGGCCAUCCCCCGUCUGGGCUGGGCCGGCUCCUCCUCUGGCCACAGCAGCCGGGCUUGGGGUGGGGUCCGGGCACCCCUCCUGCAGGGAGGUGUGACAAGCUUCCGAAGGAGGUGAGACCUCAGCCCAAGGCCUGACGGGAGCUUGGCUGGCUCCAGAUCCUGGGCCUCUAGGCUGGGGACACCAAGCUGCCAGGAGGGGACCCUGGAGGCUGGGGC